CUGACACCGCGAGCAUCUCGAGCAUUGAUCGCGCACUCACAGGUGGAUGUGAUGUUGCUGGUAUGGUGGCUGGUCGCGCUGCUGCGGGUGUGUCAGGCAGUAGACAUGCAUGCGCAGGCUCAGCUUCAGAACAACAUCGCCGGCCACACAGUCACGGCAGCGCAUAAUACGACGCUGGGGCAGCCACCUGGUAGUUUUUCCGUCCUCAGCUCCGUCCUUUUUAACAAUUAUCGACCCAAUUUUCAAUCGCUGGGUGCCCUAACAAGAGUCGCUACGAGCUACUCGUGGAACGAUACCUCCACCAGAGUGCGCAGCAAGCGAGAAGUGAACGGUGCGAAUAACUUUAACUAUAACGACCUAUCCAACGGCGAGACGCGGUCUUUCAAAAGUAAUACACACCGAGCCAACAAUCUUCAUUCCGUUAAUGAUGAGGCUACGGCUGGUAAUGAAUACAAUAGUCGCAGUAAUAAUAAUGAGUAUAAUUUAAACUCUGUGAACAGUGAACGGGAGGAUAAUAAUGUCAAUAAUACUAAUAAUGAUGGUGACCGAGAAACUAUUAGCUCCACUGCAUCCCCACCAACUUCGACUUCUGUGAUCACCACAACAGCAGGUUCAACAAUGACCCCGACGGCUAUAAUAACCUACCCCGAGGACGAGGUGCUCUGGGGGCGGCUGUGCUCCCCCAGGUUCGUUCUGGUCCAUAGACACCACGACGUAGCUCUGCGCUGCGAGGUCUGGGCGCCGUUGGGCACUAUCAUCAGAUGGAGGAAGGAGGCGCAGACGCUUAGGACGGACUUUUAUGAUAACGAAGACUCCGAGGGCAACAGUUUGGACCUUGGCCACGAGCCUGUGGCUCCGACGGACUACAGCUCCACCAGGCAGAACGUUCACUCGUUUUUCUUCUUGGAUUGCGCCCACCACGGACAUCGGGGCACAUUCGAGAUGCUAGUGCUGUCUCCAAGUGGCCGUACCUACAGCCGUCACUUCUCCGUCUUUAUAAUGGACAGCAGCUACCUUGCCCACCACGAUGGCAGGCGCGGUCUCAUGUGCGUCCUGCCGCCCCAGCAGCGUCGCCUUCUACCGCGCAUCCACGCCUUCAGUCGGGUGGUUGUUGCGCCGGUCGGAACCAACCUGACGUUGCCGUGCCGCUACCGGGGCGACCACAUGGCAGUCACGUGGUUAUUCCAGGAGCAGCCAACCAACUUUACCGUGACAUCUAAAGGCGAUCUGCUUAUUCCUGGCCUAACGCCACUCCAUGCUGGCUUCUUCAUGUGCUUGCUGCGCAGCACCGUGCUGCAUGCUGACUUAAGUGACAGAAUUAUUACCUCAGUCCAGCCUCAAGUCCACGAGUAGUCACCGGGACCACUUUCAACUCGCUGGCUUCCGUUGAACUGGAAAUUUGUAUUCACUCAUUAACCUAACCUGCGUGUUUACAAGCUGGUAUGACUUCGAGGCUCAUCAAUUUAUGUAGUGUUUUGACAACAGCCAUGCAGCUGAAGUUACGUACUAUACUCCAACAAUAUACCAAAUCAUUAGCAACUUGGUGCAAAAUACUCGAAUGUGCUCAACCGUUUGUGAACUUUCUGGAACUGGUGAUGGAAUUACCAUAAAGUCACUCGAGGAGAGCCGAAGACGGCUCCCCACCAUUGCCUGCAUGGGACUGCGAUGUCCUAAACACAUACCAUGGAUCUCAAGGACCAAGCAUACCAAUGAAAUUAGAUGAUACUAAGCCACUCGAUCCUGGACUGUCAGGUUUUCAGACAGCUCCAUUACUCCGAACGAAGAGUAAUUGCGAUCAACAACGAACUCUGCUUUCGCUGCCUGGGGGCUUACCGGGCUGCUGACUGCUCAUCGAACUUCAAGUGCGACCUCUGUCACCGACAAUACCACACCCUGAUGCACCGUCCCUCCACAGACCACACGCCCCAGGCUACCUCGCAAUUAAACAACAGCGCUUCUUACAAUACGCGGGAAAGCACGUAAACAUCACCUUUGGCUGCUUCGACACAUUGGUCAGAUACGGACAGCUCCAGCGCGCCCCGUCCAGGUGGUGUAAAAUUUUUUCGCGUAUUGGCAGACGAUGCUGGGCCAUUCUACGCAGGCUACUGUGGGCUGAUUGAUCCAAUUCAAUGGGUGUAAUCUAUCUGGUGGCUUGCGGCUGAUAAUGUUACAGCAGAAAGUGUUGUAGGCUACGUUCUUGAGGGAAGGGAUCAUGAUAGUCCAUUCGAAGCUUGGUAUCCGACAGACGUCCCAAAAUUAAGUGCGUCGGACGUGCGUGCUAAAAAACAUUUGUGAUCAUAAAAAAACAAUGAUGUGCAUCACCUUAGAAGGUUCGUGAAGUAAAUUCAUUAGAAGUUAUUCUACCUCAUUAUUGCUCAAUAUAUUUUGUUCGAAAAUCUUCAACAUUCCAUCUCAAACAUUCCAACUUUUGAAAAAUACGUUAAUAAUGACAGUAGUUUUAUGUGUUGGGCUGUGAGAAUAACACGUGUACAAAUUAGUUUUUUAAGUUGUUUAACAACUUUCAAUUCUUUUGAUCGUUUACGCUUUUUCUGCCGGCAUGUUUUUGAAUAUAUCUAAAUUUUGACAACGUUUCCUUAUCGUAUUUUUUGUCACUUUGACUCAAUUGUUAAAAAGAUAAAUAUGAAAAUGUACAUUUGCUCAAAUACUUAUCGCUUGCAUGAUUGAAAUCCUGUCAUUUAUGUUCAAUUCUCACAUUUGCUCAAAUACUUAUCGUUUGUAUGAUUGAAAUCCUGCCAUUUAUGUUCAAUUCUCAUUUAUGUUCAAUUUUUUGUGGAAAGAUUCUUCAUAUAUUGCAUUCCCUUCAUGUUGUUGUUUUUCAGUAAGAUUAUUAGCCAUUAGAGAAUGUGCGAAACAUAAUUCAGAGUUAGGGAUGAUAAUUUCUAUGGAAAUGCGUAAUUUCUAAACUUAUCUUCCCUGUUUUCAUUCCGUUUUUUUAUGAACAUGGGCAUUUUCUAACCGCGCCUGCCAUACUUAAUGUCUUUUGUAAUGCUUAUGUAAUAAUCACAUCAUAAUUAUGGAUUAGUUUAUUUGUUGGGAACUUUCCCACAACGAUUCGGACAGAAAAUAAUAGUUAUAACAUUUUAUUUACAUGGGAGCAACUUCAGUUCAAGUGAUUCCUUUUUCACUUUCAUGAAACAAAAAGAAAACCUCAUUUGAAAACAAAAGUAAAAUCAGCAAUUUUAUAUCGGGAAAAGGUUGGUUCAAUGGUCUUUGAUUAUGAAUUUAUGAAUGACGAAUUAGAAACACAAUAAACCAAUUAAAAUUAACUGGUUGUAAAACAUUACACGGCCUUUUUGUGAUCUGGAUCUGGUUUCAACAUGCGUAGAUGGUUAUUUAUUAUUUAUAUUUUGGAAGACGAAAUGAAAAUUUGUAAUACUUAUUUUUCACUUUAUAUUAAAUUACGGUGAUGCAGGAAGCUUAACCUUUAAAGUAGCUUAUUUGAAUCGAUUCUGAGAUAUCCAAAAUACGAGUAUAAGUUCCAUUCACUUGAUAGUCCCCAUAAGUAUUCGAUAUGGCAUUUACCUUAUAUGUUAC